AUAAGAAAAUGUAAAUAAGGAAGUAAAAUGCUUUUGAUGAGCGGUGAUGUUGCGGGGAAAAAAACAAACAAACAACUUUAGAAAAUCUAGAUCUAUAAACUUCCUGGUAGUCUUAUAAGACAAGCUCAAUUCAAGUGUUAAGAAUCAUGUUUUGAACUGUUUACAAUAAUUUAAAAUUAUCUUUAAGGACUUUAUUUGCAUUUUUUUUUUUGGCUUGGGAUUGGCAAAAUCAAAAUGUCAACUUAUCAUUAUGCCGUGAAAAAGUUGAUAGCAGAAGUAGAUAAGUUUCUAAAUGUGACACUCAAGUCUGAGAACUUAAGUAAACAAGCAUUUAAAGAAAAAGAUAAGAUUAUUGAAUUAAUCCAAAAGCUGUAUGGUGACUACACAAGCCUAGCUCCUAGUGGUGAUGAGGGAAGUACAUCCAGUGCCAGAGAUACAGGCGGCAACAACUCUUUAGGAGAGGACUCUCAGAUGACAGUAGACAGCAGUCACGGAAAUGAAGAAGAUAAUUAUUCUGAUAAUGUACCAGACACAACAGUGAAGGCUCUUAGCAAUCCAGUGAAAAUGGGAUACUUAGACAAAAAAAAUACUGGUACAUUACUUGGAAAUAUAUUUUCCUGGAAAAAGCGGUACUGUGUUCUGCAAAAAAAUAUUUUGUAUUGUUUCAAAAAACCUGAAGAUAAAAAACAGCAAUGUGCCUUCUUUUUAAAUGGUUAUGAAUUCAGAGAAGCCCCACACUACCACAAAGAUCCAGCUAAAAAAGAUUUAUGUUUUGAGCUUGUUUCUCCUGGGAAAAAAUCACAUCAGUUUCUGGCCAGUUCAAAGGAUGAUGUCAUUUCCUGGAAAGAAGCAUUUCAGUCAUCCACCCUUGCUUCUGCAGAGGCUGAAGAUCAAUCGGAUGGGGAUAUUUAUGAAGAGAUGCCUGCUGAGAAACCUCAACUUGUAAAAAGAAUGGAAAUGCCUGUCCCAGUUCCUAUUGUCACUGAGCCCAUGGAGGAAGUUUAUGAAGAUGGUACUUCUUUAGUUACUGAAGCGGCUUUACCAGUGCCGGUAGAGAAAAAACCCUUACCCAGCCCACCUCCAGUGAUUAAAGUACCUGUUGCGGAGAAAAAGGAAGAGGAGUAUGAUGAUGAUUCACUCAUUUAUGAACCUGUUGAUACUCUGUCGCCACCUUUACCCUCACCAGUUCCCCCACGCAGUCCAGUGGCUGAUGCACCACCUCCUUUGCCUCCACAUGUUCCACACUCGUCUCCCACACCUGCUCAGGCCACCAGCCCUGACUUGCCACCUCCAUUGCCAAACAGAAAUGUCCCUCUGCCUCCACCGCCAUCAAUAGAAACCCUCCCCCAGCUCCCACAGGCCAGGAAGAAAAUGAUUACUCUUGGAAAAAUUAUGCACCCGUCAGAGGAUUUCGAGAACAUGUAUUAUGGCGUUUGGAAGAGCGAGAGCUCUUCAUCUCAAGAAUUAAGUUUCAAUAGAGGGCAGAUAAUCCAUGUCAUUAGCCGCGACCUAGAUUCUGAUAACUGGUGGGUUGGAGAGCUAGACGGUAAAAUAGGCUUGGUACCAAAGACAUUUUUAGCCCCAGCUUAUGAGCUGGUACACUAAAUGCUUAGAAUUCACAAAAUGAUUGUUGCAAUAUGAUAUUGUAUUUUCUUAUUGAAUGUUGAUCAAAUUAUUUUAUUGUUAUGCAUCCUUUUGAAUUUCUGAAAAAAACUUAGACAUUUUUUUUUUUUUCAAUUUGAAUAAGUUUUUUUAAAACAUAUGAAUUGAGAUUCUAAAUAUUAUUAAUAUUUAAUGAAUUUGUUAAACAUAAUGGUAGAAAAAUCUUAAAAGACUGAAGUACAGACUGUCUGUGAUACUAAUGUCAAUUCAAAAUACUAGAUUGACACAUGAAUACAAGUAGAGGGUAAUUAUCUUCUUCUUUGAAGGAAAGUCUCUUUAGAUCCAUUUAGUGAACCAGUUUGUAAACUAUUAGUUUUAAAAUUAAAAUUCUAUAACUUUUUUUUUAUUCCAGAGUAAAAUGAAAACUAACAUGCUUAGAGUGUAAUUUUUUUUUAUACAAAUACUUAUUGAUUUUAAGUACCAGUGGUUAUUUAAAUGACUAAACACUGAUGUAUUGUAUCUGUGACACGAGACUGACAUUGGAAGACAGCUUGCUAAGGAUUCUGUUUUAGCAAAAUGGAGUAGUACUUAUGUCAUAUACAACAUCAAACUCUCUCAGUCAUAGAAAUCAUAACUUCAUAUCAUCCCUAGCUCUGCUUGUGGUCUCGUCUGAAGCGUAAGCCACCAACGAGCUUCACCAAACGUCUCAGUUCUGGGCAAGUCAACUUUCCCAUCUGCAGUGAGGAAUUUCUGACAUUAUUAGCAAUGUUUUAAGGGUCCCUAUUUUCAUUACUUCCUUUUAUUAAUGGACUAUUCAGAUUGUAGAGUAUGUUGUAUUUUAUUGCUUUAAUUAAUUUUUGUUUUGGUCCAACCAAUUAAUUGAGAAUUCUUAAUUUGGUAAAAUGCAAAAGAGAAGAUAAUCUUGAUAGAAAUGUUCAUCAAAAGGGGAAACUGAUGCAACAGUUUGCUGUGUUACAGACAUGUUUAGAAACUGAUGCAACAGCUUGCUGUGUUACUGAUAUGUUUAGAAACUGAUGCAACAGCUUGCUGUGUUACUGACAUGUUUAGAAACUGAUGCAACAGCUUGCUGUGUUACUGACAUGUUUAGAAACUGAUGCAACAGCUUGCUGUGUUACUGACAUGUUUAGAAACUGAUGCAACAGCUUGCUGUGUUACUGACAUGUUUAGAAACUGAUGCAACAGCUUGCUGUGUUACUGACAUGUUUAGAAACUGAUGCAACAGUUUGCUGUGUUACAGACAUGUUUAGAAACUGAUGCAACAGUUUGCUGUGUUACUGACAUGUUUAGAAACUGAUGCAACAGCUUGCUGUGUUACUGACAUGUUUAGAAACUGAUGCAACAGUUUGCUGUGUUACUGACAUGUUUAGAAAUUGAUGCAACAGUUUGCUGUGUUACUGACAUGUUUAGAAACUGAUGCAACAGUUUGCUGUGUUACUGACAUGUUUAGAAACUGAUGCAACCUGAUGCAACAGUUUGCUGUGUUACUGACAUGUUUAGAAACUGAUGCAACAGUUUGCUGUGUUACUGACAUGUUUAGAAACUGAUGCAACAGUUUGCUGUGCUACUGACAUGUUUAGAAACUGAUGCAACAGCUUUCUGUGUUACUGACAUGUUUAGAAACCUUUGCAUUAAUGUGCUCAGAAAAAUGUGGGGUUUUUUUUAGAUCUCUUGUAAUAGUUCCUACACACGUUUCUUUACAUUAAUUCUCUGAGAGGCAGUAACCGGUGCUUAAUUUGUGUUCUUUCUUAAAGUAAAACAUUUUAUUAAGACAUUUGUUUGCAAUGUUGCAUUGAAAAAAAGCUCAACUUUGUUAGUUCUCUUGUACUUAGAAACAUUAUUGUAUUCUUUCACCAUUGUAAAGUAUUUCUGAAUUAAGCAGAGUUUUGUAAGAAAUAUAUUACACAGUGUAUUAUUUUUCUCAAGUUGCGUGACACACAGUUGGGGGCUAAAGAAAAGCCUUUGUCGAUGACAGGUACAGAAGAUGAAAAUAAAACAAACUCGUGCAUCAGAUUUGGCAGAAUAUGCAGGUCUGGGUUUACAUGGUCACGUGAAAUACUGCACUCAUUCUUAAUCUUCAGAAUCAAAGACUUAUUAUUUUCGCUAUUAAAACUUGAUAGUAGAAAUAAUAAAUCAAUUCAUGGAGUUACAUUUCCUUUAUCUGUCACUAUUAACUAUUAACAUAUUUCUGCCAUAUGCCUAAUUGUAAUUUUUUAUUGUCAUCCAUUUCCUUGUUGCAUCCCACACACACACCUAACAUUACAAUGUGCCUUCCCUGCGGGGUUUGACAAGCUUGCUGUACAAUGUACAUUUAACUUAUUUAUUCAUGAACAACAAACUCAGAAAAUAUGUUGAUUGAAAUGGAUUUAACAUUGGAAUGAUUGUUUAAUUCUAGAAAGGAUGUAUAUUUAUCUACUACUCUUAAAAAAAAAAUUUUGCACCCUUUUUUUUUUCCAUUUAUUUUUUUAUUGGCCAUUUGUAUUUUGAUUUUUUAAAUAUUUGUUUCUUCAGUAAAUAUUCCGAGCACAAACUAAAAAUGUUGAUGACUGGUCACACUAAAUAAAUGUUGAUUUCGUGUCAGAUUA